CAAUUACCCCUUUUGUCGUUUGCCGUUUUCUAAACCAACUUUCUGAUAUUAAAAAAGCAGGGUGCAUGAAUAGAUCUUGAAAGAAAGAAAGAAAGAUAGAUAGGGAGAUAGAUAGGUAAAAAGAAAAAAAAGAAACAACGAAAAUUAGGGAAGAAAGAAACAUACAAAGGACGAAAUCAUUCUUCAAAACUCGACUUCUAUAUCCAACAUUCUCUGCACGCGAGAAAGGCGGGGAAAGUCCCUGCGUUCAUAAUUCACCUGUCCCUUUCGUGACUGCGUUCUAGUAUCUACAGAAUGAAACUACUGAAUUUUCGUUUGCACUCAUUGGCCCGAAUAUAAAAUACCAAAGAUGUGGACAACUAAAUCUUUAGGAAUAAUUUGGAUUAUCAUUUUGGCUUUCACUUCUUGGACAGUUGCUCAGACUGCUUUCCAACCAGAAUGUGCAGCAUGGGACCGGAUGAUUCGAUCUAUCACCAAGAAUGUUAGAAAGAUCCCAACUGCAAGGGCUCAAUGUUCAAGAUCUAAAGACUGUACAAGGUUUGCAUGCAAGUUCCUCAUGCUGCGAAAGGAUAUCAUAUUUGACAUCAAGCUCUUCCCGUGUACAACACCUGCACAAAUGAGAUUAUUGGUACUCAGCAAUACUGAUAAUGUUUACUUUGAACAGACAGUCAUGAAUGGAAAUACAUAUCCUAUACCAGGUCUUACAUACAACAUUUUUCCUGGGAUGAGAUUACAAAUAUCAGUUCAGGUUCACUUCAGAAAAUUAGCAGCUGGACUAAAAAUAGGGCUGCGAUUGAAGUUCUCAGGACCUACUCCUCUCAUCACCUUUCAAUAUCCUAUUUUCCCUGAUUUCAUAAUCCCUGUCAGAGAAUGUACAACAACAGAGACACCAGCCCUCAUCCACUGUGGGAAAAUGAACAAUACAGUGACAUCAUUGACCCUUCCUCGAGCACAUACCUGUACCAUGGCAACGGGAUGUGGUGGAUUGGCGUGCUCUGGAGCUGUUGUCUCGGCACCUUCAGUCCAAAACAUCCCUUACAAUAUAAGUGUAGAGAUGGAUGGCUGUGAUAGCCCGCUAUCAUACACGGUUGCCAUAUCAACUGCCCUGGGAAGCUGGCAGUAUAAGUUUUUCCGCUCCAAGGAUAUCAUAGUGGAUAUGAUAUUUCCUCAACGAACUGCCUUUGUCAAAUUGUCAAUGAAGCCAGAUCUCAACCUAGAGACAAUGACUACUUCGCUGAUAUUGAGAAGCUGUGUGGAUAGACUGUCGUGUUUUGAUACUGGUUUAUUAAACCAAGUUGCAAUUCCUAUUCCACCUUGCAAUUCAGUGGCCCCCACUGGUUCGUCCCCCACCAUGGGGUCGACGCCCCCACAGGAUGAGUGUCUCAUCUGGAGAAACGUAGAGACGGAGUUGAUUCAAUCAGCUGGACCUGGUUAUGGUAUUACAUCAUGUACUACAAUAGAGAACUGCAGUGGGUACAACUGCACUGGGGAAUUUGAGGGUCAUAACUACACAAUCGUGACGGUACUAAAGCAUUGCAGAGACCCAGCAGUACUCCAUAUGAUUGUUUCUAGUGUCACUGAUCGUUUCUUCUGGCAAAAGAGUAUCACCCACAAUGAGAAUAUAACGGUUGCUGGUAAGAACCAAGGAUCAUCAGGAAUGCUUGGAUUCCAUAUUCACCUGCUGAAGCUAACACCUAAACAGGUUUUAGUAGGAGUGUUUGCUCAAGUAGGUCUACCGGGUCUCUCACCUCUCAGUGUGCCACUCAUUCAAGAUCAGAUCAUGCCUGUCAAACAAUGCCCAAGUGUCACCAAUGGAAUCCCUGGUCAAGGUACUAAUGGAAGAGGAACCCAUGGGAGGGGUCAUGGAGGGGGUAGAGCAAGGAGACCUGGAGGACGCCCUACUAAGAGUCCUGUACAGAACAUGAGAAUGAGAGCAGGAGCGAGUGUAGGUAUUGGGCUCUCGAUUGGUGUAGGAAUAGCAGCACUGAUGGCUACGGUCAUGAUCUAUAUCUACUACAAACAAUUCCCAAGCCAGGAUCGGAUAAUCUUGGUCCAUAGAGCAGCGCCACCGACCACAGCAAGGACUUUAUGAUGAUCAUCAAGAAGACGUGCCACCCUUUGACAUGGUUAAAGUAUCGUAAAUUGGAUGAUUCCAGAGAAAAAAAAGAAGGCUAAUGACAAAUUCUUAGCACUUGUGAAACCAAACUAAAACAUGAUUAGAAUCACGAACGCUAAUCACAAUUACAAAUUCAAAUUCUACUUCGGAGGUGAAUUCCAGUUCCAUUCCAUUCAAAUCACAGCUUUGGAGUGAGUGUAUGUAAGUUCCAAUGAUUCUAAAGAUGAAUUGCAAUCAUCAUUACAAUGAUUGAAGAUUCACGUGUGAAAAGGUCCUUGGUUACCAAGAGAUUGUAAUAUCCUGAACAAAGAAUGAUUUGUCACAUAAAUGAUGAAUUGUCACUUGGUAGACACAUAUCCACUUUGUCUAUUUUACGUCUCUGUCUCAUCCCACAUGACCUAAUCCUAGUUUGUCAACAAUGGGUUCUUUUACAAACCAUUUUUCAAAUUUGUAAUUUAGCUCAUUUAUCUGUCUAAUUUCUAGGUUAGAGGUUGGCUAUACAUGUUUUAUCUAAUGUCCUUUGGGUCCAACAUCACCAAGUCUAUAUGCUUAGAUAAACUGUUUAUGAACCAAAUUUUCAUUUGAAGAAGUACAAGAUAAUAGGAAGAUGUAGUGUCAUUCGGACCAUCUGGACAUAAGACUAAAUGACAAUUAGACUAAAUAUGUACAAGAUUAAAUGAAGAUAGGACCAAAUGGGAAAUUACACCAAAUAAUUAGUAGACUAUUAAAGUGGGUAUAUAAAGCACACAUCCCAUCUCUGUGUAUGUUAUGUCCCUGUGAAACUUCUGGGGAAAACAAGAGUGUGUUAUCACAGGAAAUUGAAAUUCACCGUGUACUCUUGCCAAGAAGUUUGACUUUGUGCAGGGGUAUACCCUUUUUAAUGGCCAAAAGUAUUAGUAAUAAGCAUAGAACUACAAUAAGAGAGUAACUAAUCAAUGCUUGAGUAAGGCUCACAUUUGCAGCCAAAAUGUCAAUUUUAAUUUGUUUAAUUCAUGUCAUGCUUGAUUAUCUACAUUCUUUGGAUUUAUUCAGUCUGAUAAGCCUUUUCCAUAUUGCAGAAUAUACCCCUGUUACAUAUAGAUUACUGUAUUCUGUAAUUUCCAUGUAGAUUUUAUGUCACAAUCACUGGCGGAUCGGGGGGGGGGGGGCAUAGCUGGCCCGUGUCCCCCUUUCGAGAGGCACAAUAAAAAUUUGUAAUGUAAAAAUGC